GUAUGUUGACAUGCAUGAGCUGUACGAUCAGUUCAUCAACUUGAGAAAAUAUUCGGAGUUCCGUCGGAAGCAGUUUCUGAGUACUUUAUGGGAGAAAUACGAGAAAAAAAUGGAAGCUCGGGCGGAAAAAGGAAAAAAAUCGGAGGAAAAAAUUCUCUCCCAAAAAGAAUUCUUGUUGGCUCACGAGAACGACUAUAACGAAAUCGAUUACAUUUCGUAUCUGAAGACCUUCGAACAGUUCCAUCACAUUCCAAGGCAUUUGAAGUACAGACAGAAGGAUUACUUGGAGUAUUUGAAGGCUCUGCAGGAGUAUCUGAGAGGAUUCAUUCAACGUCAACGGCCUAUAUUUGAUCUCGAGAAAUUUGAGAAGGAAUCUGAGGAGGAGUUCCAAGAGAGAUGGCAGGCUAGAUCUGUUCAAGGGUGGGGCGCGGGAUACACUCGAAAUUCGCGUCUUUAUUGUCCUCCUACUGAUCGCCUUUUUGCCAAUGAGAAAGCUCUUGAG